UACCCUGGGUGAGGAGGACCAGGGAGCGGGCGCUGAUAUUUGUACGGAAUACUCACACCACCACACAGACUACAACUCCCAUCAGCACCCGCGCACACCGGAAGUGACCGGAGGGGAGAGCGGACAGCUGAGAGGCGCCUGUGUGCACCAAGUUGUUAUCUGGUGACAGCAUGAGGGGACCUGGAUGAGGGAGGCCUGAUGAUACCACAUGUAACCUGGUUACAGGCUGUUUCAGAAUAACAUGGAUGACAAGGAAUUUAUCACCGUUCGUGUCCAGGAUCCCAGACUGCAGAAUGAAGGGUCAUGGACAUCCUAUGUGGAUUAUAAAAUAUUCCUUCACACCAACAGCAAGGCAUUCACUGCCAAGACAUCCUGCGUGAGAAGACGAUACAGGGAAUUUGACUGGUUAAGGAAACAGCUGCAGAAAUAUGCUGGCCUAGUGCCUGUUCCUGCAUUGCCAGGGAAAGUUCCUUUUCAUAUGGGAUGCUCCGAUGACUUUAUUGAAACAAGAAGACAAGGGCUGCAGCAGUUUCUGGAACAAGCUGUACAGAACAUGGUCCUCUUGUCGGACAGUCAGCUGCACCUUUUCCUGCAGAGCCAGCUGCCUAUACAAGAGAUUGAGGCCUGUGUGCAGGGUCACCGCUCAUACACUGCUACUGAAGCCAUCCUGAGCUAUGCUAGAUCCAACAAAGGAUGGACCCAGGAGGAAGCUCUUUCCAGAUAGUGGCACUAGUUCAAGAAGAGGAAUUGUAUAGGCUUUACGCAUUGAACUGUAGCUAUGUAUUGGUAAAGGGAAACCAUGCCUUGGUCAGAAAACAAUGUGCACUUUAAAUUGGACAACCCCUUGUGGUGUCACAUCAUCCCGAUUCCAAAUGUGACACAAAACUGGACCCAUGAUAUGUAAACAUAUUCUAACCCCAAUGAUACUGGAAUCCUGGUGGAUAUGUCUGAUGUUUGCCAUGACAAUGGUCUAUCCAGUAUACAUUAUCUGUUUAAAAACAGAUUAGAGGUGGUAUUCUGUAUUGACUGACAACCUGGCUAGAAGACAACCCCUCAGUUUACAUGCACUCUGUGUAUGAGGACAGUAUUGCACUUUAAUAUGCCCAGCACUCCCGUAAAUUCAAAUCCAUUUACAUACUGUGGGCUCAAUUCACGAGAGGUAUUUUCCUCUUUGAAAUAUGGGAUAAAAUAACUCCUAGCUUUUUUUCAAACUUUUUUUGCAAUUCACAAAAAAAUGCUUCUAAACUAACUCAUAAGUUGCAUCAAAAUUGGUUAUUUAUCUCAUGAAACCAUGCAGUAUUGUAUCUCAUCUUGUGAUAUCCAGUGGAAUGGAUACAGUGGAGAAGGAUUAGGACCCCUGUCAGUUUUUAGUGUUAUUAGAGGUAAAUGGGUUAAACCAUAGAAAUGCCAACUUACCAGUGUGGUCACUGCAGCAGAUGUAUUAACCACUUGCCAACUACAAUACAUGUAUAUACAUUGCGAUUUGUAA